GUUCCUUUCCUCGUCCCCUUGCCUGCAGGUCGGUGCCCGGGGCAGAGCCUGGCCAAGGCCGCUGGAGGCAGCGAAUUCCGUGCGCUCUGGGACUGCGGACCAAAGCGCAAUUCCCGGUCUCCGGGAGAAGAGGACACCCGCGCAGAGGACCAUCCCUGGCACCAGACUCUCGAGGGUCCUCUUCGGUGUCUCCACAGCCACCAACGCGCGUGUCGACACGCACACAUUCCGCCUCGGUGCUCAACUCCCACGCCCCAGGCCCCCUGCCUGGCCAGGCGCCAGAUCCGCCUCCCGGACUGGAUCCAGAGGGUCCUCCGCGGCGUCUUUAAGGCUGCGGUCUCCGCCUCUCACUCCUCCCCGCCCUCCUCGUGUCACGGCGGCUCCUUCGACCUCCCAAGAGCCCAGCGGCAGGGCGUGCGUGGCGCGCGAGCAGGUGCGGGCGAGCCUCUCGCAUGCCGUUGCCCGGCCCGGGGUGGUAGUGGCGCCAGGCGCGCUCCGCCCGCCCCUCCUCCCGGCCGCACUCGGGCUCCGGUGCGCGGGGACAUGUCGGUGGCGGCGGGCAGCGGCGAGGCGGCCGGUGGGGCUGGCGGCGGCGGAGGCGCGCGGGUUUUCUUCAGUGGUUCAGGCUCCUCUCGGGAGGACUCGACGCCCGUGGCCACCGCAGCCGCGGCUGGGCAGGUUCAGCAGCAGCGUCGCCACCAGCAGGGAAAAGUGACAGUGAAAUACGAUCGCAAGGAGCUCCGGAAGCGGCUCGUGCUGGAGGAGUGGAUCGUGGAGCAGCUGGGACAGCUGUACGGCUGCGAGGAAGAAGAAAUGCCAGAUGUAGAAAUUGACAUUGAUGACCUUCUCGAUGCAGACAGUGAAGAGGAGAGAGCUUUAAAGUUACGGGAAGCUCUCGUAGACUGCUACAAACCAACCGAGGAGUUUAUCAAGGAGCUGCUCUCUCGGAUCAGAGGCAUGAGGAAACUGAGUCCCCCCCAGAAGAAGUCUGUGUGAUUCUGGCGCAGGGCAGAACUUGCCUGGAGACCAGGACCAGGUCCUGGGAUUUGGACUUCACGAGGACUUUUAUUAAAGAAUAGUUGUCCUUACGAGGAACUUUUUUUUUGGUGGGGGGGGGAGGAUGCACAUCUAUUAGACACUUAUUCAAGAGUGUUUUUGUUUUUAAAGGUUUUAUUAGUGUACUAUUUUAAUAGCAAGAUAUCACGACUCUGGUUUCAGCCCAACGAGCGAUUAUCAAACCAGGCAGACUUCCAAGGAUGGACGGGGCCAGGCAGGAUUUUCUUUGAGAAAUCUGAUGUUUAGGGCCUAACAAUACAGGGAUGACGGUUUUUUUACAACUAGUUUCAUAAUCCUUUUAUCUUCAGUUGUUCAUUGGACUCAGAUGUCGAAUUUCUCCUACUUGUAUAUACGUUAAUAUGUAUCUACACACGACCGAGUUCCAACAUAGAUGUGAGUUUUAUUUCACACUGAUGAAAUGAACGCGUGGUUGUCCUUUAGCUGGGCGUCACCGCGCACAUAUUUUGAAGAGGCGACUGGGUAGUCUUCGCGUGAGUGUUGUUGACCUCCGACUUCCACCUUAUGCACCAAAGUGAAAGAAUUCAGUGUAUCCGUUAUUUGAGUGAGCUGCACUACAGAAAUGUUCAGUUGGUCAAGGGCUUAAUUUAUGGACUUUAUAUUAUUGCAUUAAUUGGGAUGCUUUGCCAGGUGAUGUACUUAUUGCCUCGUUUGUGGUGUUUUCGAGUUUUAGGAACCCUUCCUUUGAAGAACGAGUAGGAUUUCUAGAGAAGGGCCCAGGCGACCUGAGCAGUGUUUUGCAACGGGAAAUGGAAGCACUGUGUAGCAAUUAAUCCUCUGCUUUCAACCAAGUACUGUGUAUUGUCCUCUCUCCACGAAAGCAGGUCCUAAGGGAAUCAGCAGAUUAUGCAUCUUCCUUCUUAGAAGUAGGUUCUGGUCACUUCUGUGCCUGGGCAGCACCUGACCCGAGGGGGUGAAUGCAGUGGUGAGCCGGUGGCAGGGUGGGAGAGCGGAUAGAGGAGCAUGCGCUGGUUGGGAAGCGUGGUGGAGACUGCAUUUCUGGCUUCUCUCAGCAGCAUAUGGUGCGGACACUGGCUCUUAGCCCUAACUUUACACCUCGGUCUUCUUGCUUGGAGCUAAGCCUGGGGUACCUGCCCUGCCCCUCUCAAUGAUACACCAGCUCCUUGGGGGAGGCUCAACCUUCAGAUGGAAGUGGGUGGGGUCAAAGGUCAGAGCAGCAACUCUCCCUCCCCCCCAGGAGGGCCCCGCUGCCCCCCCAUGGAAACCCCACCUGUGGGGAGAUGUCUCUGCGGGGCCCUGUCCAAGCACAGGGGUCAGGCGUUGUCUAUCAAAGGGUGCUCCGAACAUAUUUUAUUUUUUAAAAGAACUAUGUUUGUGAAUUUUCCGUAUACUGGCAAGCUUUUGAAAACGUAUUUAAUUUUGUAAUGUUUACCAAUGAUUUCCUGACAAGCUAUUUACUCGAAUAAAUGGAGCUGCUUACAACCCUGCUUACCUGUUCACCUCAA